AUGGAUGUUCGCCUUUGGUCGGUAGAGUUAAUUGCCGAUCUCAUAAAUUUAUACAAAUCACACCCGUGCUUGUGGAAGGUCAGAAGUGAGGAAUAUAAAAAUAGAAAUCUUCGUAACGAAGCAUUCAGGACCCUCAUUGAUUUUUGCAAGGCUCGGGGAUUCCCAGAGGCGAACAGAGAUUUCGUGAUGAGAAAAAUCCAGAGUCUACGCGGUUCCUUCAGAAAGGAGCUGAAAAAGGUCCAAGACAGUGAACGAAGUGCUCGUGGAGCUGAAGAAGUAUACAAGCCCUCGUUGUGGUACUACGAUCUCCUGCUCUUCACAACUGACCAGGAAGAAUCAUCGGUCAGCGUUUUAAACUUGGAUUCGACAGAUGUUGGUAAAGAAGGGGACAGUGAUGAAAUAGAAGAAGAAGAAGAAGAUAGAAUUGAAGAAAAAAGAAGACGAACGCCAGUGACAUUCCAUCCAAAAUUUCGUCCUAAAAAAAGAAAAGUUUCGGACCCUCAAGCAGACUUCAUGAGACUGUGUACCACAGCCCUCAAGGCAAAUGCCCGUUCAUUGAACGAUUUCGAAGCGGUUGGUAUCAAUCUAUCUGGUAAAUUAGCGAGGAUGGAGCCAUCGCAAGCCAUUUAUGCUGAGUCCUUGGUGAGUGACAUUAUUAGACGGGGGUUACUGAACCAAUUAACGGAAGAAACUGAUUUCUGCGAGAACGGCUGCAAUAAAAAGGGGACUUGGAUACAUUCACAUCCUUCAACGUCACAAAGUAGCUUGAAUGAGGUACAUACUUUUGAACAACCGACGGAGGAGCAGCCGAAAACAGAGCCCAUCUAAAAUUUUAUUCGAAAAAAAACACUUUGAGUAUUCUGCCCAAUGGUGACCAAUCACAAACAAUGUUCCUAUUCAACCCUGGAAAAUACUUUGUAAAACCUUCUCGAGAAGAUACACAGGGUCUGCCACCUAAAACUCCCUAGUUUUAGAGAUAAUUGUUCAUGUGAAUCUUUCGAAACAAUUAAGUCCGAUUUUUUUCAGUCAAUUGAAAAUUAGUUUUCCUGACCGGCUUUUUUUUGGGACACCCUGUACUAAAACAAAUGUUAUCCUUCAGAAGGGAAUUUUAAUAACUUUGAUCUGACAUAUCAAACAGUGGGAUUAGUGCCUUGGCUCUGAGGUGAUACAAAAAACAAAUUUUCAAUCGACAGUCAUUUUUCUAUCUUGAAAAAAUUUAACUCGAUCGUUUCAAAAGACUUUAUAAAGAUAUACUUUAUACAAUUUGACGCUUCGCUCGCUAAAAUGUCUCC